GGUAGUGGUCCUAUUCAGCUCUGGCAAUUUUUAUUGGAACUUCUGAUGGAUGCAACGUGUCAGAAUUUCAUCUGCUGGACAGGUGAUGGGUGGGAAUUCAAAUUGACCGACCCAGACGAGGUGGCCAAAAAAUGGGGCGCCAGAAAGAACAAACCAAAAAUGAACUACGAAAAACUGAGCAGAGGCUUGCGUUAUUAUUAUGACAAAAAUAUCAUACAUAAAACAUCUGGCAAGAGGUAUGUGUACAGGUUUGUGUGUGACAUGGAGGGGCUGUUGGGUGGGUGUACACCAGGUAGACUCUUCCAAAUUUACGGAUUGACACCUCAGAGUGAUAAGGAGGGAGGAGAAAUGUGA